AUAUGGUUGCGGAAGCAACAGUGCAAAUGGAACCACAAAUGGGAAAUAUGUUGCUACCGAGUUUCUUACAUGCGAUGGCACAAUAUUGAUAAAUGCAAGAUACGUUGUGUGUCCGUGAUACGAUGUGAAAUGUGAAACAUUGCGUUGAGCUUCGAAAGAGUUCCGUCUUGCAUUGCAGCUUGAGUCCACGUCAGGUGCAACCGGCAGACGAUGAUACAUUUCUGUGCGAAUAUUAGCAUGUACGAUUCUGUUGGUUUCGAUACGACUGCAAGCGUGAUCGUGCACAUACCGGGCUCAAAUUUACACGGUACACAGCUCGGGCACAGUGUCCGGUUUUGAGGGAUAAAGCAACACAGCAGGUGGAGGGGGCAAAACCGUACGGUUUACGAUACCAGCAAGCACGAUGAAUGCCCGUUCGCAAACGUUCGAUCUGCGCAUGGAGGGCCGGCAGGUGGAUGAGGCCGUCCUGAGCAUCUUCCACACGAUACUGUUCCAUCGCAGCCUCGGCAAGUUUAUGUACACCGAGGAGGCAAUGUAUUCGGUCGGUACGAUCGGUUACCGGGAUGUGGAUUGUGAUUUUUUCGACUUUACGUACGUAUGCUGCACAUCGCCACGGCUCGAGGAAACGCUUCGGCGUGAGAUAAGCAACUUUAGCCGGCAGCUGCGCAGCAACGACAGUGGCGGUACCGGACAGAUCAGUUUAGAGUUUUUCCAGCGCAAGAAAACGCGCUGGCCAUUCCAGACGGACUGCAUCCCGUGGGAGGUCUGGACGAUACGGCUCGAGCUGAUGACGCUCACGAACGAGGACGAUUGGUUGGUGUGCCGGGAGCGGGUUAGCGAUAUGCUGACGGACAAAAUUUUCUGCAUCACGGAUAUUAUGAACCGGCACGAUUACGUGCCGAAGAUACCGAACCAGACCGAACUCGAUAUGGUGUUUGACACAACGUAUCCGGACGUACAGCCGUACCUGUUUCAGUUUAAGUUUAGUACGGCCGGCCCAAGCGGUACGUCCGUGAGCAACACCGUGAAGAAGCUGAUCAAGGAAACGUUAAAUGUUUCCUUGUGACUAAUACGCCACCGGUACGGUGUACGGUUGACGGUAGUAUGUGGCUGGUGAAGCGAUAAUUCCGAUUUGAUUUUCUACCUUCUGUUUUGUUCUUCUACGUUUGUCUCUUUCUCUCUCUCUCUCUCUCUCUCUCUCUCUCCUCUUCUCUCUGUGCUGUACUCUCUAUUCUGAUUGCGACAUUAUUCAGGAUCUAAGGGACUGUUUUCUUUAGUUUUACGCUUGUUAGUUUUUUUUCCUCGUUGCAAUUAUUUACCGUGUGUGUAUAGUGAAGUGUUGCUUUUGGUUUAAAAUCGGAUACGUAAGAAUCACUUAUUCCAUUGGAUUUCUAUGUUUUGCUCAAUUUACCUCACACCGUUUGAUAAGUUUAGUAAAGUAAGAAACAGUGAAAUCACACUUCUUUCACGUUUAAACCGUGCGAAAAUGUUAAUGGCCCGCAAUACGAAUUUGGGGGCUUUUUUUUCUUUGUAUUUUUGCAAAACAUUAUGUCGUUUUAGAAUAUGUAAUAAUAUUCAUUGGAAUCUUAACAUUAUGUUUUAGUUUCUUUUUUUUUUUAAUAAUAUUUUCGAGUUUAAAUUUUGAAACUUUACUUAUUCGUUUUUUUUUAUUCUUUUGUGGCGCAACAACCUCAUAAGGGCCAUUUUUGGCUUUCCUUGACUUUAUUUACGCGUAGCAGGAUAGUCUAGUUAUGCGUACAAGGGUACGGUAUGGUAUUGAGAUUUCAUACCCGGUACUGUCGUGUAGAGAUCGGCACCGUUACCAUAUACACCGACUUAAAACCGAAAAAGAAAAUAUAUUCUAAUCUAAAGUGUAACUAAAGGCAACUAUUUCAAUGUUUUACAAUCAAUGCAAGAAAUCACCUAACGGUCAAGAGCAGACGGGCACGUACAUAGUAACGGUUAGUAACGGUUAGUGUGCAAGUUAUUGGUGGUUACGACCGAACGGUCCCGGAUGGGAUGCGGAACAGUUACUGUCGUGUGAGGAUUUUGUUUUAAGCCAUUCCUUAUUUGCGUCAAUUGGUACAUGUUAUAUAAUGUUUUUUUAAUGUGGGCUUUAAAUGAGGUAUAUAGUUUUUUUUGUUUAAAUUCUAUUGUUAUUUUGUCUCUCAUUGCAACGUUCACUUAACAAAUAGCAUCGUAAUUGGCAAGUCUUUUGCGAAUAGGUUACAAAUUUCUUGUACUAACACGAUGAGAUAAGAACACAAACUGUUGAUGGAGAUUGUUUUGCAUAUCCAUACAUAUACAUACAAAUGUGUCGUUCUUAUCUGGCCUUAGAAUGAUUUUCGAUCCACGCAUUAUCACAUAGUUUUCUGAUCACCACUACGUGUAAAGCAACGUGUCCAGUAGAGAUUAUACCUCGUAACGGGCUCGUAACGGGGCUCGUAACGGGGCUAUGCGUUACUACUGAACCUUCUAUAAAAUGGCUGCCGAAACUCGCACACUCUAUGUUAGUUGUUGUUUUCUAUUUGGGGAAAAAAUGGCGGCGAGAUUACGUACCAACAAAUAAAGAACCCACAAAUGUACUAUUAAUUGCUUGUAAAUGUAAACAGAUGGUAAAUUGAUAUUUCACACUGUACUCAACGCUCAUACAAAAUCAAAAUAGCACGUAAGACGGAUACGGUUAAUAGACAGCUAGUUUACAAUACAAUUAGAGGACGCACGGUUCACGAAACAAAACGCAACUUUGUGUUGCUUGCCACGUCAGCAAACAAAUAGCGCCUAGUCUUAAAAGUAUCCCAUCUUAGCAUUAUGUAUUUCACCCAUCUACGGGCAGGUGUUUUGUCUGUCACCCCUGUCACUAAUGUAAGCCGCUGCUAUCCUCACUCAUCAUUGCACGCUUUGGAUGUUCGUCUAAUGCGUGAAGUAGCAUGAGAGUAACAAAUGAUCUCCAUACAUAUUUGAAACACCUCCUUUUUUUUUCGGGCCAUAAUUGUAUCGUGGCACCGCAGAGCAGAUACAUUCAGACGGUUUUGCAUCCGGUACGAUGCGUUAUAAACGGGCGCGCGAUGCGUCCUGCCGUGAUGCGUUACCAGUGAAGCCGAUUGUACAAGAACGUUCCGGCCGUUACAGCUAACGUCCGUCGGUACGUGUGUGUAGCUUGCUACAUUGCGUGCCAAAUGCUUCUCUCUGUGAUUUUCUUCAGUUUUCAAGUAGCGGAGUAGGUAUGUUUUUUUCUUCUCCAAAACGCAAAAUAAAAAUCAUACGGGUUAUCUAAGCGAAUAUUUGAACCACCAUGUACCGGUAGACGUAAGGUUUUGUGCGUGCGUAGUAAGCCGAACAUUACGAAACACUUUUCCUAAAGACAUCUCAAUAGAUAUAGCACACAUAGUGGACAUAUGUUAACACAAAACCAAUAUGCUUCUAUACGUAUAAUAUCGUAUCCCUAGGCAGAUGAAUUUGUAUCUUAACUGUUGGAUAGAAUUUAUUCACACAUUUUUUUCUUUUUGUGUUUGUGUUGAACAAUGGUUUCUGUGUAGUAACGCAUGAGGCAUAACGUCGUUAUCACAGGUAUUAAAAAAAACUAGUUGCUCUAGACAAAACCUUUUGUUACAUUUGGGUAAUGUAACCAGCAGGCAGCAGUGUUGUGUGAUGUCAUUUUUCUCCAUUGGGUUUUGUUUGUUUGUUUUACUUACACCACAAAGAUAGCAAGAUAUGUUUAUUUGAUGAGUCAUUACUUUAGUAACAUUAGCGGUUAAUAGAUCGAAUUAUUUACUGUAAGGCUUUGUAACCCUUUGUAUCAUUUUGUCGAUAUUUUGUUUUUCUUCUUCUCUAUUUACCGUAUUAUUAGUUAUGAUGCGCAUUAGUUUGUUUCUUAACAAAAUGGAAUAUGUAAAAUAUUACAAAAUAGUAAUAAUAACAAUAACAAAAAAGAGAGUACAAGGCAGUGAACAAGAGAAUGAGUUAGAGAGGGAGAGAAAGAGAAAGAGAAAGGGAGAAAGAGAGAGAGAAACAAAAAUAAAUCCUUAAAAUCUUAUAAAACUAGAAAAUAACUCUAGAUAACGAGAGGGGGAAAAAAAGAAAACAAAAGAGUUAUAGUUAAAAUGGAAUGAAACGGUAGCAAAAGCCAUUGUAAAAAAAAGAAAGGCAACGCAGCAGAAAGCAGACACGGAAUGUUAAUACUAGUGACACUAAAUUCUUUUACUAAGGUGUUGUACGUGUUCUGUCGUCUAGGAUAGUAUAGUUACACCGGAUAAGCGCUACGUUCACAAACGAUAGACAUUAAAACGGCAUGAUUAAUCUAAAUGUACAUAAGCCAACGCCGUACGAUAGAUUGCGUUACGGGAGUAAGUGAAGUUAUGAACCAGAAUUGAAAGACGGUCCCAAAAGUGCCACACCACACGUUGUUGGUCGGACUCGCAUACGUUCUGGAAUGUAAGAAGCAUAUACGGAUGAAAGCCUUGUAAACUAGCUUAUGACAAGCAUGGCCCUAGUAGGUCAUCACGCCAAAAACACACAUGCAACAGUUGCCGCAGGAUCCCAGGAAGCAUCUCGUUAAUAUCUUAACUUUGUGCGUUUUGAUAACCUUGGGUUUUGAUAUUUUCAGCUAAUUGUCUUGUCUGUUUACUUUUAACUAUUCUUCUUCUUUCUUUUUUUGGUUCAAAUUUAUACGCUUCCCUGUCAUUAUUGUCGAUGUUUUCGAUUGAGUACGCUGUGAUUAAGUGUAUAUAACGUAACUAGGAUAUGCGUAUGUGUGUAUAGUGCUUUUUUUAAAACAAAAUGUGUCUACUGAUCAGGUGUAUAGAACGAAAAGCAAAAAGACAGGAGAAUGAAGGGGGGUUUUUUGGUUUAAAUAAUCCAUACUCCAUCAGUCACCGUAUGCGUGAAGUUAGCCCUUUUUGGGAGAGUUAUCAGUUAUAACACAAAAACACACAUCCAGAUGAGCCCACUUACUGGCCGAUCAACAUUUGUUAUUUACAUCGACGAAAAACACCCACAACGACGGGUACCAAUAAAGGGGCAACUACUUAAGAUUAUCACUAAAAAGUGGGUGGGGUAAUAAUGGUAUCACUUGUGUAGCAAUUCGAUUCCAAAUUGAAUACGUUCUACUUUUACCUGUACAGACAUGUUUAAAGGAAGAAAAAACAAAACAAAAAAACCUACAUGCACGAACUUUUAUAACGUUGAGAGGAAUAAUUAACAUCUACGUUUAACAAGUUCUUUUCUGUAGAGUAGUACUUAAGCACGUGUUAAUUUGAUGUUGUUUGUUCUUUAAAAGAAAGGAAACUACACGCCUGUAAGCUAUAUAUUGUUGCCGACGUAGACGCUACACGUUUAGGGGUCAUGCAGAUAUUGCGAUUUUUUUCUUCUUAGUAUUACGCACAUAUAUUCGAGCGGACUGUAGUAGACAGGGUUUUAAACACCACCGUGAUCAGUCAGUUGUAUGUUCCGAAUCCCCCCAGCUUCGGGCAGGAUAAUCGAUUGUGUUGUGUCGUUUCUUUAUUCUUGAGGUUGAAGUACGCCGAGAUGAGCAUACGGUGUGUGAUGCCAAACAAUCACUAUGCAGCCGCAGUGUUGGGAAAGGGAUUUGUCCGGAACGCUUUGUAAAUUGUAGGCACGAGCGUUUGUUGGAUUUUUUCCUUUUGCAAUGUCAAUUUUGAAAAAUUUCACAAAACAAACUACUGAAAGCCAAUAAUCGGCCAAUAAGGUGACGACCCUGUACCUAGAGUGAUGCUUGCAAGUGAAACAAAGACAACAACUAAAAGGCAUUGCUAAAAAAAAAGAAGAAAAAGCGAUAGUUGAUAAUGGACUAGGCAAGGAAAGUAAUUUGCAAAUUGAUUGUAGGUGAGAACAAGAACAAACACAUUUGCGAAUAAGUGGAGCAGCGUAAGCGAUUAGGUUUUAAGCACAAGCGGUACUAGCUAAGAACCGGAGACAGAACGUAAAAAAAAACACAUUUUACGAACUAACCAAAAUAUGAUGAAAAGAAGGUGAAGCCAACCCGUGGUCGGAUUGUUGAAAAAAACCGGCUAGAAGUAAACAAGAAAAAAAAAACAAUACUAGGGUUAUACACAAAACAAAAGCAAGAAGAAAACUGUAAAGAAAUAAUUCAUGAGAAGAAAAAAAACGAUGAACCAUACAAACGAAA